AUGUACACAGUUCCUGCAGCAGCAUUACUGGAGAUGGUCGAAGUGAAGCCGCACGAGGAGUUGCUGUCCAGCGGAGUGCUUGUGGAACAGGAUGAAAACAAGGGAGGGCACGUGGCUUUCGUCUCUCACCAGUGGGUUGGGAAGGGCCAUCCCGAUCCCAACUUCGAGCAGUUUAACGUCCUUCAGGAGGUCUUCCGAGAUCUUCUUGCGUCGACGUCCUACAUCCACCUCGAGACUGUAAGCUGCAUCAUGUCGCCGCUGAAAUCAGGCUUCUAUUCCCAAUGUUUGCAGAGCAGGCCAUUGUUCGUCUGGUACGACUAUUUCUCUGUUCCGCAGAGCCCCGCAGCAGCUCCGAAGCAGCGACAUGCCAUUGACUGCAUCCCGGCCUACAUCGCGCGGUGUCGCUUCUUCUUUGCCCUCUGCCCCGUCAUCGAGAGUGCCGAGCUUUCCGGAGUUUUUUCGCCGUUCACGUGGGUGCAGCGAGGGUGGUGUAGACUUGAGAAAGUGUGUCGUCAACUCUCAGCUGCAGAUGGGACCUGGAUCAUGAUCAAGAGCAGGAAGCACUUGGAAGUGAUGCCCAUUGUUUCGGUCGCGGUCGGCUCUGUCAGUGUGGGCGAAGGCACCUUCACAGAUUCCAAAGACCGUGAUCAGCUGGGACCAGUUUUGAAAGCGGCCCUGAGGAACAAGUUGGUUUCUUUAAUGAGGGAUGGAAACAUUGUGGCUUUUCGCACGCUGUUGAACAUGCAGGCGUUUUUCCUGAGAGGCUUGAAUGUUAAACCUGCUGCUGACUUGGUUCCCGGUGUUACGCUCGGUACAGAUGUACUUCCUGAGUGGCUCCUGGCGGACAGUUUCCUGUUCCAGAACGGUUUUCGGGAAGUGGACGAAGUGGAUGCUGCUGGCUGGUCGCCCUUGGCAUACGCUGCCCUCGGAGGGGAUCCGGAGGUGAUCCAGGCAUUGUUACAAAAGAGGGCCGACCCCUCCAGCAGGACCCGUGCCACCAACUACUUCGUCAAUAUCCCCGGAAAUGCUUCGAUGGUCAGCAUCGCUGCGUUCUACAGCAACAACGAAGCCCUCCAGGUGCUCAUCACAGCCAGAGCAAGUCUUGAGGCUGGGAUUGCACCACCAGUGGUUACAGCAUCCGGGGGUGACAACACCGAGGGAAUGCGGAUCCUCUUAGCUGCAGGUUGCAGCUUGCAGGCUCAAAAUGCAGCUGGCCACACGGUCUUUGAGAAUGCCGCCCUGACCGGAUCGCAAAAUGUGAUGGAGGUGCUUCUCGAAGGUGGCACUACGGCUGCCCAGCUUACUCGCUCAUUGCACUGGGCAUGCUGGCUGGGAGGAGGCUCCUUGAAAUUCGUUCAGCGUGUCUUGCGGUUCUUCAAGGACGGCCAACGUGCCGAAGCCUCUUCGUCAUCGUUGUGUUCAAGAGCAUUUUUGUCGUUCAUCCUGACCAUUCUCGUGUUCAACAUUGCCGACAUGGUCAUUGGCUACAUCGACAUAAAUCAUCGCAAGUAG